AUGCAAAAAAACGACGAAAUUCUUUACCUUAGUUUCAAUUAGGAUUACGGAUGCUUUUCCUGUGGAACUGAAGAUGGCUUCAAUAUUUAUAACACAGAGCCUUUCAAGUAAAUAUACUCGCGCUCUGUAGGAGGAGGUAUUGGAAUAGUUGAAAUGUUAUACAGAUGCAAUAUUAUAGCUUUAGUUGGAGGCGGAAAAUCUCCCAAAUUCCCUCCUACAAAGGUUUAGCUUUGGGAUGACAGUCAGUUGAAGAGAAUAGCAGAAAUGAAUUUCAGAAGUGAAGUUAAGGCUGUUAAACUUAAAGCAGAUAGAGUUAUAGUUGUUCUUGAAACAAGAAUUUAUGUUCAUAAUUUUGCAGAUUUGAAGCUUAUUGAUACUAUAGAUACUUGUCCUAAUCCUCUUGGUCUUUGUUCAGUUAAUACAGAAGGUGAUGAAAUCAUAUUAGCCACUCCUCAUAAAGAAGUAGGUGAAGUUAACGUUCAUUUAUAUUCAGAUAACAAAACUAUCAGCAUUCGCGCACAUUAAUCAGCUUUAAAUUGCCUACAGACAAAUCCAAGAGGAACAAAGUUAGCAACAGCUUCCUAAAAAGGAACGAUUAUUCGUAUUUAUAACACUAAAAAAGGUGAACUUCUUUAAGAACUAAGAAGAGGUAGUGAAUAUGCACAAAUUUAUUCUAUUGCCUUCCACCCUAAAGGCACAUUUGUUGCCUGUUCAAGCGAUUCAGGCACUAUUCAUAUAUUUGCAUUAAAACAAACAGAAGACCUAGAACCAUAAGGAAAUAAUGGAAAUAGCUCUAAUGGAGGCACUAAAUCAAAUCCAAAAUCAGCAUUAAAAUUCCUUAAAUUUAUAGUACCCUAUUUUGAUAGCGAAUGGAGCUUCGCUUAAUGUAGAAUAAAUGACACUAAAGCAAAAGUUGCUUUUGGUCCUGAUGAUAAUACUAUAGUUGCAGUCACAUAUGAAGGAACUAUCUAUAAAGCAACAUUUGAUAAUAUUAAUGGAGGAGAAUGUAAAAUAGAAUCAACAAAUAAGAUAUUGGAAGCUCCUCUAACAGAGUGA